UGAAUUAUUGAUCUGUGGCAACUUUACUGACGUAUAUUGUGCACAUUCGAAUAUUUCCCGCUGUAAAAUGUUUUUCUCUUCGUGUCUAGCUCCGCCGCCGAAAAGCAGGACGUUCCCGAACACUACUUACGAGGGGCCAAAUGUCACCAAGUCGAUGGGUUCCACGCGAAGCGGUAAAGCGACUCACCAAAUAUCACCGGAAUCCAUGAGCUUUACACUUAAAGGCGCCCGUGCUGAGUGUAAUUACUCAGAAACCGAGUCUGAAGGAAAUCUUUUGUCACCAGGGCAUUCGACUUCCACAUCAGCCAGUACAUCAGCAAGUAAUCUUGCCAGUCCGAACGACACGUACAGCAGCCUACAGUUCAACGUCCAGAAAGUCAAUGGCACCGGUAAAUAUGGUAGUGGUCUCAAGACACAGCAGUAUCACAAUGCACCCGAUCUCUCGCAUGGGAUGAAUCCAGCUUUCUCGAACGGAUCCUCUGAAAGAGUACACCGAGGAACAGUGCAGUUCUCAUUAUGCCACGACCAACACACGGGACAUUUACUCAUUAUGUUAUUCCAAGUGAAAGAUCUGCCACCUAAAGAGUUCAGUGGAACAAGCGACCCGUAUGUCAGGAUAAAAAUAAUACGAGAAAACUUGCAUGGGGAUCGCACAACUGAAUAUGACUUCCAGAGCAAAGUCCUCAGAAAAACACUGGACCCCGUGUUCGACGAGAAAUUCGAAGUAGCUAUACCGAUAGAGGACCAAGAUUACUAUACUGUUAAAUUCAUAGCCUGUGACUUCGACAAAUACUCACGGCACGAUGUAAUAGGCGAAGUGGUACUUCCGUUAGCUGGUAUGGAACUCUCCAAAGAACAAGUGUUGUGGAUGGACUUCAAUGAAAGUAUACAGGAAUAUCGUGGUGAGAUGUUGUUGUCGCUCAGUUAUCUUCCGACAUCUGAACGUCUUUCAAUAGUUGUGAUGAAAGCCAAGAAUCUCCAGCCCCAUAUUUCUACAACCGAGAACUGUGAUCCGUACGUUAAAGUGACGUUAAUACAUAGAGGGAAGAAAGUCAAGCGGAAGAAGACAGUUGUAUGUAAGAACGAACGAAAUCCGAUCUUUAACGAAGCCCUACCUUUUGAUGUACCACUGGAAGAAAUGGACAAAGUUCGAUUCAUUAUCUCCGUCUGUAAUCGGUAUUUUCCGGAUAGUGACUCGGAAUGUUCCGGAAAACAGAGUGAGGUAAUAGGCCAAGUUAUCAUCGGCAACGGUGUUUCAAUAGUGGCACAGGACCAUUGGAUGGAAAUGCUUCGAUCUCCAAGAAAGCCUGUUGCGCAGUGGUACACUUUGAAGGAGUAG